AUGUCCAAAAAAAUAGAGUGCUACUUUUCCGCUAUCGAAACAGCAACGGCAACAGCAGCAGCAACCACAACCGCAACCGCAACGGCAGCUGGAACCGCUUUGCCGUGGGAUGUCAGCCUGGCGCACAACAUCCUGCGGUCGUGCCAUACAUUAUUCAGGGAGCUCGAGCGGAUACAGCUCGGCGUCAUGGACGGAACUACGGCAGUAUCGGUCUGCGGCACCGAGUGGACUGCUACUGAGGCGCAUGUCGACGACAUGCUUGCAGUGCUGCAGAGCACGCAGGAGAAACGCGAGGCCCGGCGCCUGGUUCGCGCAAGCCGCCAGACCAUCGGGUCGAUGCGCGUCUGCGUGCAGACACUGGCGGCCAGCACAGAGCUGCAGGCGGCCAGCGCAAGCGCAGUGCAGGCGACGGUUAUGGCACUGAGCGCGGCGGCGGCGCAGAUCCACAUGAACGAGGCCAGGGAGGAGAAGGGCGAGGCGCAGGCCCAGCCCAACCCGUCUGUUGCCGAUGCUGUGCGGGCUGCGGGCUCGCUGGCCGAGCAGCUGCGGAUAUUCACCCGCGUGUCGCAGCAAUCGUGGGCGGCCACGCGUUCGCAGCUGGCGCAUGCGCCCUCGAUACCGUCGCCGCUGGCCUUGGGCAGUGCGCCGCAGCACCGGCGCUGGGUCUCGGAGGACAUCGAGACCGAGACGGACUCGACCCCCAACACAUUCGCCGGGACACCCGAGCCGCUGCACUCGCGCAACCGCUCGGACAGCCGCCUGCAAAUCGGGAAUGCUGUGUUGCCGAGGACCAAGCAGGUGCGCUUCCUGGCGCGCACGCCGCCGAGUGCUGAGCCCGCGCCGGCAAUUGACCAGGCGCACUUGGCUGACUUUGCGCUGGCGCUGUCUGCCUUUGAAAAGGCCGUCGCGGCGCUGGCCGAAGAGCGUGGCGACAUCGGGCCACAUACGCCGGCUGUGCGCGCCCUAGUCACAGCGUUUGUGCAGCUGUCGCGCCUUGCCUCGUCGACCGGCAUGGUCCGCCACUUUGACCGUCCAGCGCUGGCGCUGUUCAAGACCACCACUCAGGCUGUCAAGCUGCUCAUGCCACAGAAAUCAUAG